CGGUUUUGAACGGCUGCCACGUGGAACCAGCCAACCAGUGCACCGUAAUUCCAAAUUCCAAAGUGAGCAUUGUAGAGCCAUUGGUUUGGAGGAAGAGUCUGCUGUUAGUAGAUACAGUCCAAGAUUUAUCAUGCCCCAGCAACGUUUGGUCAUCCAUUACGUGUUGAGCACCCUGGCGCUAUGGCCAAAGGGAAAUAACUCCGAGUCCUGGCAAGUCCAGACAGUAACCGUCACAAGCGUCGGUUCUAGCCUCAAAAAAGCCCUUUCUGUGGGUUGCCUGUGGGAAGUGCGACUGAUCGCAUAUGAAAUUUGUCAUACCCAGCACUACCUAGCACUACCUUGGCUCUCGAACCUCAAUCUUAAAAGUCAAUACGAGCACCCCCGUUAUUGUACAGCUCCGACGAGAGGUACUAACCCAGCUAUGGAAUAUGACGCAGCCUGACUCGCAAUCUGGCUUGUACAAGUUAUCUCCGAGCCUGACUCCCGCGGCCUGGAUCUAGAGUGUGUACUGUUAGCUCCGAAUACAGAAGGAACGACUACUUUCCUUCUAC